GUGUGUUGUUCUCCACCUUCACUUUGACCUGGAUGUGACUGAGCAGCUUCUCAAACUCAAUACAACUUCACCCACGUUGUUCUCUCUUGUUUGACUCUUCAAUCGUCUUCUCCGUGUUUUUCCUCCUCUGCUACCGGCCGCUUCGACUGCUUCACCCCGGUCUACUCUCGGCUGCGGUCCGCUUGUUGUUGUCUCCGGAGGGUCAGCGGGUUUUCCACGUGAAACCAACCCGCCUCUGAAGAUGCUUUCCUCGGCCAGGACCGUCUCCUCCCGGCUGCUCAGGCCGGCCACCUGGUUCCCUCUGCGGCUGGGCUCAGAGGGCAGAGCCGCUAGCUCCCUGCAGCAAGAGAUCAUAAAGAAACAGGAACUGGAGAUAGAUGAGCUCCGCCCCCUCUACAUGGAUUUUCAGGCCACCACACCAAUGGACCCCCGGGUGUUGGACGCCAUGUUGCCCUACCAGGUGAAUUACUACGGUAACCCUCAUUCCAGGACACAUGCCUACGGCUGGGAGAGUGAGAGCGCCAUGGAGGUGGCCAGAAAGCAGGUAGCUGACCUGAUCGGUGCUGAUCCCAGAGAGAUCAUCUUCACCAGUGGAGCCACAGAAUCCAACAACAUGGCGAUCAAGGGUGUGGCCAGGUUCUACCAGGCCAAGAAGCGUCACGUGAUCACCACACAGACAGAACACAAAUGUGUCCUGGACUCGUGUCGAGUUCUGGAAUCGGAAGGAUUCAGCAUCUCUUACCUGCCAGUCAUGCAGAACGGACUGCUGGACCUGGAGCUGCUGGAGGCCACCAUCCGUCCUGACACAUGUCUGGUGUCAGUGAUGACUGUCAACAACGAGAUUGGAGUCCAGCAGCCUAUCAAGGAAAUCGGUCAGAUUUGUCGCUCUAGAGGAGUCUUCCUUCACACCGAUGCUGCUCAGGCUGUUGGAAAGAUUCCCAUGGAUGUCACGGACUGGAAGAUUGACUUGCUGUCCAUCAGUGGUCACAAGAUCUACGGACCCAAAGGUGUGGGGGCUUUGUAUGUGCGUCGGCGGCCUCGGGUGCGUAUGGAGCCGCUGCAGAACGGAGGCGGGCAGGAGAGGGGGCUGCGCUCCGGUACUGUCCCCACCCCACUGGCUGUCGGGCUGGGAGCUGCCUGCAGCAUCGCCCAGCAGGAGAUGGAGUAUGAUCAUCACAGAGUGUCCAUGUUGGCUAAUCGUCUAGUCCAGAAGAUCCAGGCUGCUACACCUGACGUUACAAUGAACGGAGAUCCAGUCCAUCGCUAUCCUGGCUGUGUCAACCUGUCCUUUGCCUACGUGGAGGGAGAGAGUCUGUUGAUGGCACUGAAGGAUAUUGCUCUAUCAUCUGGCAGUGCAUGUACGUCAGCGUCCCUGGAGCCCUCAUACGUCCUCAGAGCAAUCGGAGCAGAUGAAGAGUUGGCUCAUUCUUCCAUCAGGUUUGGUAUUGGCCGGUUCACCACAGAGGAAGAAGUCGACUACACGGCAGAGAAAUGUAUCCAACAGGUCAGCAGACUCCGAGAGAUGAGUCCGCUGUGGGAGAUGGUGCAGGAAGGCAUCGACCUGAAGAGCAUCAAGUGGACCCAGCAUUAGACUCCUCCCACUACUAGUUCACUUCCUAGCUGCUGACAAAGAUGAUAGUGGCAAUUAUAAUGGUUUCCAGGGAAUUCUGGGAACGGACCAGCUUUUUUUCUUCCCGUAUACAAACACGCACAAUCUUCCUGUCUGACUUGAAGUCUGUUUGUACCUGUUGCUCUGUUGAUGCUCCUGUAGUUGCUGUCGAGAGACGUUGCUCAGAGAGUUGAGCGACAACCUCUUGUUGUUGUUUUCACUCUGUUGUAAAACAGUCGACCUCUGUCGCUCAACAAGUUGCUUCUGUGUGUUGACUGAGAAAUUGUCGGAGGCCUGGAUCACAAACUCCCUUCGUCCUCAUCUGAUUUCUUUGGGGUCACCUGGUUUCACUGAGUUUCACUUCAGUGAUGAUUUUAAUGAUGCCGUCAUGAAGGUGUUUUUUAUUUGGCACCGUUAGCUCAGAGUUUACUAAACCAGCUUUGAUUCACAAAUAUUUACGUGCAAGAGAAGGAGUUCUUGGUGAUGAUAUGACAUGAAACUGUGAUGCACUAAAUGUAACUUAUUAUUUCUCAACACAGGAUUUACAUCCAGAGAUUUUAAGUUGAGGCGUUAAAGCUAGGUUACAUUGGUGUGGGAUGUAUUGAAACGGCAUUUUAAAUAUGUUGAGUAUGUUCAGUUCAUAAUUAUGUGAUAACACCUUUAUUCAGACUGUUUUUACAGAUACAAAACCUAAAGAAAAGUAUUAAAUCACUUCAGACUUGA